CGUCUUGUUUUUGUUUUCCCCCCAAAUAAGCGGUGGGUUGUAGCUAGAAAAAGGGCAGAAUCAUUUGAGAUCGAAGUUGCGCUCUCUUUCUCUUCUUUCAUAAAUCUCGUACGACAGUCGUCAGUGUCAGGAUUAGGGCUAGGGUUUAAGUAGCAGCAGGUUCAAGGAUGCAACAACCAGCACAAAUGUUACCCAUGAUUCCUAAUUACCCACCGACCAACAUCACCACCGAGCAGAUUCAAAAGUAUCUUGAUGAAAACAAGAAGUUGAUUUUGGCCAUACUUGAUAAUCAAAACCUUGGAAAACUUGCUGAAUGUGCACAAUACCAAGCUCAGCUACAAAAGAAUUUGAUGUAUUUAGCUGCAAUAGCAGAUUCUCAGCCACCAACAGCAACAAUGCCUGGCCAGAUAGCAUCACAUCCUGAUAUGCAACAACCGGGAGGAGGGUUUUACAUGCAACACCCACAAGCAGCAGCAGCAGCAGCUGCUAUGGCUCAACAAGCGGGUAUCUUUUCUCAGAAGAUGCCUUUACAGUUUAAUAAUAGUCCACAACACCAGCAGUAUCUUCACCAGCAUCACCAACAAGCGGCGAUGAUGAUGCAAGGGCAGUUGGGUAUUCGACCUAAUGUAGGAAUGGCUAAUAAUGGGAUGCAACAACACUCUUCUUCCCAUGCAGCAGAGGCCGGUGGUGGAUCUAGCAAACAAGAUGGAAGUGAUGGUAAUGGCGGUGGUGGUGAUGGUGAUUCAUCAUUCAAAAAGGGUUCGGAGGAUAAGUGAGAAAAAUAGGUUUUCGGAUGGAUUCCUAUUACCCUUUAGUAAGUAAGGUUUUUAUUUUUAUUUUCUAGACAAGUCUUGGAUGUUGUAGAAUUAUAGAAACUAGGGUCUUUUUAUGUUGUAGAUGUUAUUGUUCAAAAGAAUUGUUUGAGUUGUAGCAUGAUAGACUGGAAAAAGGGACUAUUGGUUUCGUUUGGUUAUGUUAUUUGGGGUUGUUUGGAAUUCUUUCAAUAUUCUCCAUAGUUGCGUCAUUCAAAUUACAAAUC